UUCAAAUACUCUCAGUGAGCCAAACACUUAAGAAGUGUGAAAUAUAUCUGAAAUAUAUCGCAGCAAGUUUAAGAAAACCACUGUUGGAAUAUAACCUCACUUGUCGUCACUAAUUAGUCGUAGAAUGAAUAAAUUCCCAAAGACAGCACGAUUUGUUUUAGUUCAUCGAGCUGUAGGUCAUUUUGGCUUAAAUCAGCUGUCUUUAACGGUUUCUUUCCCUUCAGUGUACGCAAAUGGGAAGGAUUUUUAUAGAGCAUAUGGGUGGGAGUAGGGUAAUAAACUGUCAGUUCUGUGAGACGCCACUCACAAAUCGAAGCGAAAUACUGAGUACUCGUUUUACUGGGGCUACCGGUCGUGCUUUCUUAUUCAACCGUGUAGUGAAUAUAGUUCACAGUGACAUACAGGACCGUGUUAUGCUGACUGGUCGUCAUCUCGUAAGAGACGUCGUAUGCAUUAAGUGCAAUACUAAAUUGGGUUGGAUGUAUGAACAUGCUAUGGAGGAAAGCCAGAGGUACAAGGAAGGCAAAGUCAUAUUGGAAAGAGCGCUGAUAAUGGAGACGGAAGGUAUACCUGAUCCGCUUGGAGAGGAUCAGUAGUAAUUCAAGUAGAUGGAUACUGUCAUACUUCCUGUAUAGUAAACAUUUUCUUUUGCAUAAUAUCUCAUGACUUUGACUUUUUUUGUCUAGUUCACUGAGUGACUUCGUUUUUCUUAUUUAUCCAUUAAAAUUUUUAAUAUUCUCUUGAUUUAACAUGUUACAGUAAAUGACAGGCUCUUUAGGUUGUCUUAAUAGAUGCAAUGUCUAAUAAUCACUUCACAUUUUCUACCAGUGCAUAUGUUGUGUAAUGUUGAUUUGCAUCCAUCAUAUAGAGGUGGCAAGACUAUGUAUGUGUUCCUUGUCUCUAAUUGAUGUACUAAUCUCAGGACACCAAAAUCUUUAGUUAUUUGAGCCUUUAUAAACAUUUUCAUCUCAGAGUUAAUGUCCUAACAUUUAUUUUUGAGUCGAUAGGUAAUGGUCAUCAAGGGGGCACCAUAUACUGAUGUAGUAUUUCAUUGUGACAUUGUAGGCACUAUAAAUUCACCCUACUGUUUUACUGUUCUGCAAUAACAGAAUGUCAGAGUCACCGAUUGUUAGGCAAUUCUUACCAUCUUACAUUUUGGUACGUCCACAGAUAAGUUUCCCAACUAGUCAAGUGAAUAGAUGGCAUAAUUCCUCUAUUAUUUGUGGAAGGGGAAAAUGCUUUAUUGCUUUUGUAAUCUUUACACCAGCGAUACAACUUCAUACACACAGCAGGGGAAGUAGUUUAUAAUGAGGCGAUUACUGUUGAAGUCUUGGAUAUCUAACAGAUCUUCCCGAAGUUGUAAUGUUUUCAGAAACAGUCACUUAAGCCGGUAUAGCAUGUUAUUGUUGAUGCGGAAUCUUAGCUCAUUGAUUAAUUUAGUGCACAACUAAUUUAACUGGGAAAUGUUUGGAAAUGGCAAUGUCGAUAUGUUUUCGACUGCAAUCAUAUGUUCAGAUCAGGGGGCCAACUUUUCUACAGAUGUGGCUCGAGAUUCUGAUUCCACUAGUAUUAAACUAAGCAACUGUUAACAAUUAGGUGUUUUUUUUUACCAUAAACACUAGGUAUUUCUUCGACAUAAUUCACUCUUCGAUCUUAGGGUUAAUUUGUGUUAUGUAAGUACUUGGAUCACAAGUGUCGGGAAGCAUUUCGAGGCAAGUGGAUAGAAUGAUGAAUAAUACUUAGUCUGCCGGAUUUGAAAAAAAAACAGUUGCUAGUAAUUCCGAGCAAACUAUAUGCGAACAUAAUACCAUCAUCUGGUCAUGUUUACAUUAUAGAAAUUCUCAAGGGAAAAAUGUAAUCUCGUUCUCGGUUCCUUAUAUGUUAUUUUAUCCAUUCCCAUAAAACUGUAGUAAUUACUCAGCUGGUUUAAUGGAAUGAUUGUUCAAGCCUAAAACUUGAGCCGAUCUCGGGGAUGAUUGUGCCCGUGAACUCCCAAGAGUGGGACUCACUUCAGUGUUAUAAACAUUAGGCGUCAUAUGGUUCUUACAAAUAUUAUUAUUGUUCCCUUGGGUUCCUAAUGGAACAUAGUGCUUCAACUGCACGUCUCCACUUGCUUCUGUCUUCUGCUGUGCUUUUCACCUGCAUCCAUGUUAGUCCAUACUGUUCUCUUCUCACGAUCUCCUCCAUAUCACCCUUGGACGUUCCACUCGCCGCUUCCCUUUCAGGUUCCACUAGAACAAUGGCCUGAUGCGCGAUGUCACCCAGCGAGUGUCCAAUCCAUCUCCUUUAUCUCCUGCAUAUUUGUUGUGCGACUGGUUCUUGUUUUGUUUGUUCCCAUAGUUUCUUCCAUUAUGGGUAAAUUUUUGUUAGUGCUAUACAGUAAUGUUUACUAAUGACGUUUCGAGCACAAUUUAUUGCUCAUAAUCAUAUCAAGGUAUCACACGACUUCCUAACUUCAUUUACAUAGUUCCAUUAUUUUUCACUUGAUUUGAUUGGCAGUAGUAUUUUUCAUAUUUCGAGUAUGAGUGAUGAAUCAUUCCUAUUGUCUGUUUUUGGUGUAGACUCGAUGAACAAGCAUUCAGUAAUCAACCUCUCUAUCCACCUAUCUAGAUUACUUUUUAGAAUUUUAACCCUCUCCCACCCUAUUGUGUGUUAAUGCCUGCAUUACAAUUGCUGAGCUUUUUUCUAAAUUACUUAUCUUUUCAGGGUCAACCAUUCUUACCUUAGCUAAAUUCUUAUGUUCCGACAAUCUGACUACCCCUGACCUACUAGUUUGACCUAUGUAGUUGACCUCACAGUCAUUGCAUGGUAUUUUGUAAAUUAUAUUAUUUUGUCUAAUUGGGUCCUUUAACCUACACAACUUGUCCCUGAGUGAGUUUUUAGGUUUAAAUCCCACUCUAAUUCCUACCUUAUUUAGAAUCCUACGUAGGGUUUCAGAUGUCCCCUCUUUAUAUGGUAUAACUAGAUGACUUAUAUUCUCUCUUAUUUAUGUUAUUAUUAAUAGUUUCACAAUUAUUUUUAUUUUUUUCAAAAAAGGUAAAACAUUCAAUGAUGAUGCAAUCAAUCAGCAAUGGAUCAUUUUGAUUCAAAUAAUAAAGAGGAACAACUGUAGCUACAAUCCCUAUCACUAUUUUUCUUUACUUAUUUUGUAUGUAAAUUUCAUUGUUUGUAUAUUCCAUUCUGUAUUUGUGGAUGUUCUUAUUUAUAAAUACCCACAGGUAUCUGAAUACAAAUCAUAGUCACCUUU